UUUUUUUUUAACAUUUUUCCUGACUUUCCGCUGAUUUCCUUUUUAUUGUUGUUACUAGUUACUAUUAUUUAUUAUUAUUAUACUUAUGAUGGUGAUGAUGAUGAUGAUAAUGACUGAUGAUUUUUAACCCGAUUAAAAUCCAGUUUUUCUGAAUGUUCAUAAGAAUUUCUCCGGCCUCCUAAUUGACUUUGGAGUUUUGCAUCUUGGGAGAGAAAGUGAAGGCAUUAGCAUUUUUAAGUGGAUUGAUCACGUAAACCUUUUCUCUCCCAACCCCACCCUUGCCCUCAUCCCCUCCCCCACGCUCGAAAGAAUUUUACUGGCUGUUUAAGUCUGUGAUCUUAUUUUUCCUGAUCUUUAACUUAACUGUUUUAGAGCAUCUCUGGACGUCUGUAUUUUUAAUUUUUUUAUUUUUGUUUUUUUUAUUUUUAAUCUUUCAUUUGUUAAAUUUUUAAACUGUGCUUCAAUAAAAUGUGUGUGGUACUACUUAACACCUAUGAUGGUGAUGGCAUUUUCCCAGAAAGCCAUCUUCCUCCUGUUACCCUUGAAAUCCCAUCCUGCUUUUCCUGUACACUCCCCCUCACAAACCACAAGCUGCAGCAACAUGGAUGCCCAGCCUGGAGCAGCAGCAGCCAGGAUGACCUGGAGCCAGGGGGGCCUUCGGAACAGAUGCACACCCUUCCUGGGUGAUGUUUCGGCUUUGUGAGGAACCUUACAAUCAAAGACAAUGGCCAGCAAUGUUACCAACAAGACAGAUCCUCGCUCCAUGAACUCCCGUGUAUUCAUUGGAAAUCUUAAUACUCUUGUGGUCAAGAAAUCUGACGUGGAGGCUAUCUUCUCAAAAUACGGCAAAAUUGUGGGUUGCUCUGUUCACAAGGGCUUUGCCUUUGUUCAAUAUGUUAAUGAGAGAAAUGCUCGGGCUGCAGUGGCAGGAGAGGAUGGCAGAAUGAUUGCUGGCCAGGUUUUAGAUAUUAAUCUGGCUGCAGAGCCAAAAGUGAACCGAGGAAAAGCAGGUGUGAAACGAUCUGCAGCGGAGAUGUACGGGUCAGUACCAGAACACCCUUCUCCGUCCCCUCUACUCAGCUCCUCUUUUGACUUGGACUAUGACUUUCAGCGGGAUUAUUAUGACAGGAAUUCUGUUUUCUUCUUAUCUAAUAGGAUGUACAGUUACCCAGCACGUGUUCCUCCUCCUCCUCCUAUUGCUCGGGCUGUAGUGCCGUCGAAACGCCAGCGUGUAUCAGGAAACACCUCACGGCGAGGCAAAAGUGGCUUCAAUUCUAAGAGUGGACAGCGAGGAUCUUCUUCCAAGUCUGGAAAGUUGAAAGGUGAUGAUCUUCAGGCCAUUAAGAAGGAAUUGACCCAGAUAAAACAAAAAGUGGAUUCUCUACUGGAAAGCCUGGAAAAAAUUGAAAAGGAACAGAGCAAACAAGGAGUAGAGAUGAAGAAUGAUAAGUCAGAAGAGGAGCAGAGCAGCAGCUCCCUGAAGAAAGAUGAGACUAAUGUGAAGAUGGAGUCUGAGGGGGGUGCAGAUGACUCUGCUGAGGAGGGGGACCUACUGGAUGAUGAUGAUAAUGAAGAUCGGGGGGAUGACCAGCUGGAGUUGAUCAAGGAUGAUGAAAAAGAGGCUGAGGAAGGAGAGGAUGACAGAGACAGCGCCAAUGGCGAGGAUGACUCUUAAGCACAUAGUGGGGUUUAGAAAUCUUGUCCCAUUAUUUCUUUACCUAGGCGCUUGUCUAAGAUCAAAAUUUUCACCAGAUCCUCUCCCCUAGUAUCUUCAGCACAUGCUCACUGUUCUCCCCAUCCUUGUUCCUCCCAUGUUCAUUAAUUCAUACUGCCCUGCGCCUAGUCCCAUUUUCACUUCCUUUGACGCUCCUAGUAGUUAAGUCUUACCCUGUAAUUUUUGCUUUUAAUUUUGAUACCUCUUUACGACUUAACAAUAAAAAGGAUGUAUGGUUUUUAUCAACUGUCUCCAAAAUAAUCUCUUGUUAUGCAGGGAGUACAGUUCUUUUCAUUCAUAUAUGAGUUCAGUAGUUGCUUCCCUAACUGCAAAGGCAAUCUCAUUAGUUGAGUAGCACCUGAGAGCAGCUUUGAGUUAGAGGUGUAUGUGUUAACCCCGCAUAUGUAGUGUGUGUGGGGCUGUUGAACACAAAUGUAACAAUGUAUUUUUGUGAAUGAGAGUUGGCAUGUCAAAUGCAUCCUCUAGGAAAAUAAUUAGUGUAAUAGUCUUAAGAUUUGUUUUCUAAAGUUAAUACUGUGGGUUAUUUUUGUGAACAGCCUGAUGUUUGGGACCUUUUUUCCUCACAAUAAACACGUCCUUAUUAAACCAGGAAUUUGGAGAGAAAAAAAA